UUGCCUUGACAGUGACCCAGUGUUUACAAACGGUGACUGCAGCCUGCAGGAGCACGCAUACCAACAACCAACGAGCGAAUCGGGGAAGACCAAAGCAGCAAGAAACCAAAGGAAGAGGAUCAAGUGCACACCGACUUUACGGAUGGCCUGUUGCUGUUGAUUUUCACCAGAGCAACAUUUUGUGAAGCAGAAAACCCAGCACGGGUUCAGAUUUCGCUCCACGAACAGCAUCAUAGCCAGUAACGGUCGAUAGUCGAAUCGACAGCCACCCUCUGGCCAAAAGCUACCGGACCCAGCGAGGACUCCAAAAGGCCACCGCCCCCGCAGACCACCUCACGCUACCCCGCCAUGGCGCGGUCACGCAGCGCGUCCUUCUCGGACGACGACAUCGAGUUCGUAGGCUCACAGAUGAUCGCCCAGGCUAGGACCCAGUCCAAGGCGGUACUCCAACCGGCCAGUGGUAACAGGGAGACGGGCAAUAUUCCCAGCAGCCCCAUCGGCACAGCCAAAACCCCGGGGACUGCCGUCCCGGAAUUCGGACGACCGACUAUGCCAUCCCCGCAGCAGCCCAAGGCUUUUUCAUCUCUCUACAAGAAGGAGAAGAAGUCCAACGUCUUCUUGCAGCCCCAGCGCCGCCCCGAGCACCACAGGGGUCACCAAAUCUCGGGACCCAGUGCCCUCAAGUACAACGACAAGGAUGCACCGCCCCUCCCUGUCUACACCUCGCUUCCAGCCCAGCGUGACAGCAGCACCGCCGGUGCAUCCAUGUACUCUCAGCCUGCUAGAUUGGGAUUCGAUGACGAGCCCUUCUACACAGACCCCAAGAAAGCCACCGACGAUCUCAAGGCUUUGUUGGAGGGUGGCAUGGAUGAAGACGAGGAGGAGCAAGGCAAGAAGGAGGAAGACAAGGAAGAGAAAAUCGAUGAUGGCUCCCUCGAGGGCAUCACCGUCAAGCUUUUGCCUCACCAACAGGAGGGAGUCGAGUGGAUGAAGGGGCGUGAGCUUGGCCCCGUCAAGCGAGGCAAGGUCCCCAAAGGUGGAAUCCUGGCAGACGACAUGGGACUCGGAAAGACACUGCAGUCUCUAUCCCUCAUCAUAAGCAGUCCGAAACCUGGCAAGGAUGACGCCGGCUGGAAAAAGCGCUACGACGGCAUCGGCAAAGGCACCCUAGUCGUGGCCCCGCUGGCGCUGAUCCGGCAGUGGGAGGCUGAGAUCGCCGAGAAGGUCUCGGCCGAUAAGCGGCUCAAUGUUUGCGUUCAUCACGGCCCAAGCCGGACCAAGAAAUACACGGAGCUGGCCAAAUACGACGUGGUUAUCACAACCUAUCAGAUCCUGGUGUCUGAGCAUGGGCACUCGACCGAUGCUGUCGGCGCCGGUUGCUUCGGCAUACAUUGGUUCCGGGUUAUCCUGGACGAGGCACACAGCAUCAAGAACCGCAACGCAAAAGCAACCAAGGCCUGCUGCGCCCUGCGCGCGGAAUUCCGCUGGUGUCUCACUGGAACACCAAUGCAGAACAACUUGGACGAGCUGCAGAGCUUGGUCAACUUCCUGCGCAUCGCUCCAUAUGACAAUCUCAAGCACUGGCGCGAGUUCAUCGACCAGCCGAUGAAGGGUGGCAAGGGCCAUCUGGCCAUCCGUCGCCUCCACAGUAUCCUACGCUGCUUUAUGAAGCGCCGCACCAAGGAGAUCUUGAAGGAGGAGGGUGCCCUCAACCCUGGAGGGAAGAAGGCGCUCGAGGCAGCGGCGGCCAAUGGCGACGGCGAGGCGGCCAAGGCGCCUGCCUUCAAAGUUACUGAGCGCAAGGUCGUCGCCGUCUCGGCCAAGUUCUCGCCUGCGGAGAGGAGGUUCUACGCCAGGCUUGAGGAGCGUGCCGACGAGAGUCUGCAGCGCAUGAUGAAAGGGAGGGUCAACUACGCCAAUGCCCUGGUGCUUUUGCUGCGUCUGCGCCAGGCCUGCAACCACCCGAAGCUCGUUGGCGUCAAGCCCGAGAAGGACAAAGAUGCGCUCUCCAUGGAUACUGUGCAGCCAAAGAAAGCAGAGGCAGACAUUGAUGACCUUGCUGAUGCCCUUGGUGGCAUGGGUAUCGAGUCGAAGCAGUGCGAUGUCUGCAUGAGUGGCCUGACAAGGGAGGAGGCGAAAAAGGGGAGGUCUGUCUGUGAAGCAUGCGAGGAGGAUCGCGCUCAAUUCAACUCAGAGGCUCCCGAGGGAAAGAAGCCCAAGAAGGACAAGAAGCACAAGACCUCCAAAAAGACAGCCAAGGAAGUCGCCAUCUCCGACGCACAAAAGCGGAAGCCGAGAAAUCGUAUGGCUGUGAUAGACAGCGAUGACGAGGAGGAUGACGCCAGCUGGAUUGUUGGAGAGGAUCAACGCGGAGCCCUGCGCCUUGGCAAAGCCGGCGGCGAUGAAGACGAGAAUGCUGAAGGUGGUGGAGAAUGGCUAGAGUCCGAAGACUCGGUACAUCACUCUGAGGACGAACAAAACGACGCCAGUCGCCUCAGCAGCUUCAUUGUUGACGAGGAGAACGACAAGAGCAAAGUGACAACAGCCGCAGACUCUGACGACGAUUCCUUGGCUUCAGUCUCGGAGAUCCACUCCAAGGCCCAGAAGAAGAAGAAUGCUAGCACGGUGGAUGAGUCCGACGCUAGCUCCGACUCCGAGUCCGAGUCGGAAGAGGACUCUGCGGUUUCUGGAUCAGGGGACGAGUCCGACGACGAUCAGUGGGACAACAAAGACUCGUCCGGGCGUGUGGUGCCGUCAGCCAAAAUCCGGAACCUUCUUGAGAUCCUCCACAAGGAGGCUCAGGAACACAAGUUCAUCGUCUUCUCGCAGUUCACCUCGAUGCUGGAUCUGAUCGAGCCUUUCCUCGAGAAGGAUGGGUUCAAGUAUGCACGCUACGACGGGUCCAUGAAGAACGAGCUGCGAGAAGAGAGCUUGCAUGCUCUCCGCAACGACAGGCAGACCCGCCUGCUACUUUGCAGUCUCAAGUGCGGAUCUCUCGGGCUCAAUCUCACGGCCGCCACACGGGUGGUCAUUCUGGAGCCGUUUUGGAAUCCGUUUAUCGAGGAGCAGGCUAUCGAUCGUGUUCACCGUCUGACGCAGACAGUCGACGUGAUUGUGUACAAGCUCACUGUUGAAAAGUCCGUGGAGGAGAGGAUUUUGGAGCUUCAGAACAAGAAGAGGCUUCUCGCGGAGCAGGCGAUCGAGGGAGGCAUGAAGAAGAAGGAUGCGCUUGGACUCGGACUGCAGGAGAUGCUUGCGCUCUUCAACCACGACCGCACGAGCUUCGGCCCCGGUGGCGACAGCGCCGUUCUCGAAGACGCUGGCGACACUUCAACAACAUCGCAGACAUCGUACGACGGGUUCGGGCGCAAGAAGGCCAGCCGACAACCGGGCCGGCCAGAGGUCGAUUCGGCGUUCAGCCGCCGUUGGUAGUCUCGCAUUGGCGCCGGCCUUUAUUUCCCGGCCCGUUAUGCGUCUCCUUUUCUCUUUUGUUUUCAACCCCUGUCAUAGGCUCCCAUUAUGAUGGUAGUAUGCAUGUUUGCGUUUAGGACUACGAGGGUGGGCUCAGGCGGAUUGGAUCUGUGUUUACGAGAAUGAAGGCGUCGUUGGUUAUUGAACGAAAAGGCAGCCACCGAGGGUUCAGUACAGAACUCAAUAGAUUUGGUGGUCGGGUGUUUCCCCUCUGAUCGUCAUUGGUCCUUGAAAGGCCAAUAGUCUCACUCAACGGGCGCUCUUGCACCAUGAUGUUGUGCGGACGCGUUUUAGUG